AUGACGGUUGGUGCUUUCGAUGGUGUACCAAAUUUGGUAUAUCUGAAUCUCGAAGGAAACAGGAUUCCUCCAGAAGCUAUGUUCUCUUUUGGUAACGUGUCGAACAUCAGACAGCUAAUUCUCCGCGAUCAAUAUGCACGAUUUAACUAUAGUGAAAUACACGUACAUGAAGUGUACCCGACACUUGAAUAUUUGGAUUUAAGCAAUCGACACAAAUCUGGUACCAUUAAGCAAAUAUGGAGCGAAAAAAAAUAUCCGUUUCCAAACUUAAAGUAUCUAGACAUUUCCGGAAAUAGAUUUGAUCGCUUUAUCCCUUUCGAGAAAUGGGACGAUACAUUGAUACGUUUGAAUGCUAACAACAAUAGGCUCUCAAACGUUUAUCUUAAGCAAUCAAGCAAUCUAGUAGAAUUACUGUUGGAUGGUAAUGAGCUUUACAGUAUUGGCAGUAAUUAUGAUUUGGACUUAUCGGGUUUAGACAGUUUGGAAUACCUUUCUGUAAUAGAAAAUAAACUUAAUUUUAUUAGUAAGGAAGCAUUCAACGGAACGCUUAAUCUUCGAUACUUGGACUUCUCCAUGAAUAAUUUGUCAACCUUGCAUCCUGAAACAUUCACGAACUUGACCUCGCUGGACACUGUUAUUUUGGAUUAUAAUCAUUUCGAUAUUGUCCCUAUAAAGGAAUCUCUAAACGUAACCAUCUUGUCGAUGAUUUGCAACAACUUAACGUAUUUAUCAGUCAACUCGUUGCAAAAUUUGACACAACUGAAAAGGUUAUCUUUAGGUGGAAACAGGAUCCAGCUGAUCGACUCGGAUACAUUCAAGUCUCAAGAAUGGUUGGAAGAAUUACAUUUGAACGAUAAUAAGUUGAAAUACUUGCCGGAGUAUUGGUUCCAAUACCUAAAGAACCUUCGAUACUUAGACCUAUCGGGAAACGGUAUUACUUCCAUUGAAUAUAUGUUCAAUACAGAUAAUUUUCCUCUGGAACGGCUUUACCUUGAAGGUAAUCCUCUAUUGUCCAUCGGGCCUAACGUGCUGACGGCGAUACCGAAAAAUGUAACCAUUUAUCUAGAGAUCGGUGAAGCACGUAAUAAUGAUAUCUGUAGACGUUAA